AUGUCAGUCCCAUUACCAUCACCGUCACCUUCACCACUCACACCUAGUGGAGGAGGUAGUGUAGCCAAGAGUAUACCUAGAUCUAGACCUACACCUAUAUCGACCGCAUCUCCACAUUCACCUUCUUCUCCAGGUUCUUCAUUGAAAAAUCGCGAUAGACCAGCCAGCAGUAUCAGCAGAUCAUUAUUGAAUGAUGAUAAUUGGCGUGAUCGUUCUCCCAUUCCAGCACCAACACCUUCUACAGCUACUCUUAAUGGUAAAACUCCAUCCACAGCUACAAUCACAAAAGGUCCAGAGAGGACUGUGGGUGGAUUCGAGAAGAGAGAAAUCAAAUCUGCUGUGGGUGUAAGUGGUCUUUCAGCCGGCGCAGGUUUGAGCAAAGAAAAAGAUAAAAAGAAUAAAAAGGAACAGGAGGAGAUUGAUGAUAGUAAAGCAUCACUUGCACACGUUCCAUGUAGAUUCUUCAAAGCGGGAGCUUGUACCGCUGGUGACAGUUGUCCCUUUUCUCAUGCCGCUCCUGAUUCGGCUAAACGAGAAGUAUGUCAAUGGUUCUUGAAAGGAAAUUGCAAAUUCGGUCACAAGUGCGCCCUUGCUCAUGUUCGACCCGGCGAACCCAUGUCUAUGGACAGGAAGAAUAAGAAGUCCGCUCAGCUGGAAGCCCGAGAACGUGGUGAUUCCGUUGGUGCGGGUUCUGCUCCUCCUGCUCCUUCUUCCGGUACUGGCACUGCCAACAACGGUCUUGGAGAAUCGCCUCGACCAUUAGGUAUCAUGAGAGGUAGGAAGAACAGUACAUCGCCUGGAGAAGAUCAAGUCGCGUCACCUGUACCUAUCAAAUCAGCACUUUCAUCUUCUAUGCAAUCUCCUCAAGGAACAGGUCGAUUACCUUCUUCACCACUAAGAGAACCGUUCGGUCCACCCUCUGGAGCUUUACCGAAUUCGCCCAAUUCAGCUGGAUUCACUCAUCCUCGUGGUAUUCAAGGAUUCGCUUCUUCCCCUUCCAGACCUUCACCACUAUCCGCUUCUUUCGGUGCGAACGGUACUGUUCCUGGGCCAUUAUCACUCAAAGCUAGUUCCUCAAAUCCAUUGGGAUCACCAUUACGACCACCAGUGACCACCGCUCCUGGAUUCUCAUCAUCAUUCUCUCAUCCAUCUUUAUCACUGGACAGAUCGUCUCAGACUAUCCCAUUAUCAGCUUCUUUCGCUGGCGAUGGUAAGAUGAGAUCCAUUUGGGCAAAGACGGAUGGACCGGCAGAACCGUUAUCACCUCGAAGACCAAUUCCUCAACCAUCCAGAUCUCAAGCUGAUGUAUUCAUCGAUGAUGAAGAUCAUGGUGAAGAUUUCUUGCCAUCUUCCCUAUCAGAUUUGCUAACACCAAGGGAAAGAGCUAGAAGGAUGUCAAGAAGAGAUUCUCAAGGUGCAGAAGAUUUCUCUCAAUCGCCAAGUGGAAGAUAUGGCAACGCACUAUGGAAUGGUGUCGGUGGCGAAAGAUUAGCUCAAUCUGCUGGACCUACAAUGGGUCCAGGUGGCUUCCUUCAAUCGCUUUGGUCAGCUGAAGGUGAAGAUGUAAGGAAAACCACGAACGAUGAUGAGGAACAAGGAGAAGGAGAAGUGAAUGAUCAAGAACAGAAACGAAAAGAUGAAUUCACUUUUGGACCUUCAACUGCUAAACCACAAAGGCAAACUUCUUUAUUGACUCAGCAGAGAUCACCUAUAACCUCAACAACCCUUUCACCUACUUCCCCAAUUAGACAAAUACCAAGUUCAGGCGUGACAACUCAAGAUCAACCUUAUUUACUUCGAAACUUGAAUGAUCCUUCUUCCCCUUCCACAAGAGUCUUGCAGGAACAUCUACCAGGUCAAUCUUUGCCAGGUGGUCUAGCAAGUGCCUUGUCAAGGUUACAUAUGCACAAUUCUAAUUCAAACUCCAAGUUAUCGAAUGACGAAUCAAAGAUAGUUGAACACGAUCAAGGCAACUCGAAGAAAUCGACUGGCGAAGAUGAGGAAGAAGCUCUAUUCGAUAUGGACGGUUAG